AUGAGCUCUAUUACUUCCAAACAAACUGCCGAGGAAAAAGAGCUACAAUCAGUCGCCAAGACAGUCACUGCUUAUGAAUUCUCUGAACUCGAGAAACUGGCUAGAGCUCAGCAAGAAGUUGAACAUGGCCUCAGCAAAUGGGAAGCCAUUAAAACCUAUCCUAAAGCUUUCUUUUGGAUCUGUGCUGGUAUAUUCAUUGCUAUUCUAGUGGGGUACGAAAGUCAAGCUGGAGGUAUUGUGCUAUCCAUCCCUCGAUUCAGAGAGGACUUUGGUAAUGCCUAUCAAGGAGGAUACGUCUUGCCUGCUGACUGGCAAUCAGCUAUCACAGGAGGUGCUACAGGUGCCCUAGUUGUUGGUUCUUUUUUUGGUUCUUUCACAACUGAUAAAUGGGGCCGUAAAUGGGUCAUUAUGUUUGCUUUAUUGCUUAGUAUCCCUUCGGUCAUUUUAGAGUUUGUUGCGACGACUAUCGAGGUAUUUUUUGCUGGAAAAUUUAUCAAUGCCUUCUGUUUGGGAAUUUUGUUGACUGUUGUCACUGCGUAUAUUGCUGAGAUUUCGCCCCUGGCAUUGAGAGGUGUUGCUAUUGCUUCGAUAAACCUGGCUCUAUGUGUUGGACCUUUCUUGUGCUACAUCAUUACCUACAAGACUCAAAAUAAGGUAGGCCGUAUGGCUUACCGUUCUAUGAUGAUUCCUCAGUUUAUAAUUGCUGGUAUCUCCAUAGUAUGGUGCUUGUUCCUCCCCGAGUCUCCUUACUAUCUUUUGACCAAGGACAAAACUGAAAAAACUUUAAAGUCUUUGAACAAAAUUUACAAGGGCUCAGAUCUUGUAGAGGCUCAAUAUGCUUUGAUGAAAGUUACCAUUCAGGAAGCUCAACUAGCCAACGGAGAAGGUUCGUCUCUACAGGAGCUUUUCUACAAGAGAAACUUCAAGAGAACGCUUGCAGGUGUGUGCUCAUUCCUUAUCCAGCCCCUUUCCGGUGUGGCUUUUAUUUCUGGUUACUCAACAUACUAUUAUCAGUUGGCUGGUUUCACUGACGAUAGAUCAUUUCAACUUUCAUGCGGUGCUCAAGGUCUUUCCAUUUUCGGAACCAUAACAUCGUGGUUCACUCUUGAUUUCUUUGGAAGAAGAUCUUUGAUGAUUAUUGGAACAACAUGUAUGGCUGUUCUCAAUUUGCUGGUUGCUUGUCUUGGGCUUAAUAUCAAUAAUAUCCCCGCUGUUACGGCAUCUUGCGCAUUCAUGGCCAUGUACAACUUUUUCUAUAAUGCCAGUAUUGGUCCAGGGGCUUAUGUUGUAUCUGGUGAAGUACCAACUAACAAUUUAAGAUCAAAGACCAUUGCCACAGGUAGUUUCCUGAAUAAUGGUAUUCAGUGUAUGUGGAGUUUUGUCUUGCCAUAUAUGUUCAAUCCUGAUCAAGCUAACAUGGGAUCCAAAGUCCUGUUCAUCUUUGGAGGAUUGUCUGCAUUGUACCUGCUUGUUUUCUUUUUCUAUCUACCUGAGACGGCUGGUAGAUCAUUUGAAGAGAUUGAUGAAAUGUUCAAUGACAAAAUCCCCAUCAGAAAAUUUAAGGGUCACAAGUGUCGAGUCCAAAUUGAAGCUGCGCAGGUAUUUAACGAAGUUAAGGGUGAGAUCAAUCAUAUUGAGCGUGUUUAA